AUGCUCCUGCUCGAUGUUACUAUUGCUGUACUGUCCUGGCAGCAAUUGAUUUGGGGCAAACAUGCCGAGGACCGCGUACAAACCAUCGCAAAGGUACUUGCGCUCGCCGCCUUGUCCGUUUUUGUGUUUGACACCCUUCGAUCUAUAUGGAAACCUGUGCAAGACACCAGCGGCGACGUCGCUUUUCCAUACAGCUACGACAUCAUGAUAGCUGGCCUAGUGCUGUCGGUCCUCGUGAUUUCAGCUUCAUUAUGGAUAUCCGAUACAAAUCUUACCGGACCAGUUGGUAUUUCAACAUCCAUGGCGGGGCUAUGGCAAGCAACCGUGAACGCCUGCCGCUACGGUGAAUGGGACUAUCUCCUCCGGGCUCCCGUGCUACUCCCUCUGUUUGUAGUAGCCGCUGCCACGAUAACAUUCACCUACGCGCAGCAUCUUAAAACUGUUGUGCAUCUUCCCCGCGGGUUAUUCAACUGGAUUAUCUUCUUAAUCGCUCUCAUGGCUACUGUCUACGCCUUGUUGGUCAAUGUGCCCUUGUACGACAAUCGGCAUCCCAUCAACCAACUCUUGUACGACAGUGCAAUCAGCCACAGACACUGGCUCGUCAAGGCCUCGACUAGCAGUACCUCGAGCACCGCCAUCAGAAUCUACGAAGACCGACACGGGGGCCGCAAGGCGCCCCCGCAGUACAAGGAGUGGUAUGCCCAACUCCGCCGAAGCAAGAUCAGGGACAAUUUUGCACAAAUCGACGAGGAUCUGGCACCCUUUUGGCACCUCACCCCAGCGCAGCUACGCGAGGCCGUGCAAGAGGCCGCUCAGCUUCCCGACGUGGCGUCAAUCGUCAUUAAAAACGGCGCGGCUUCCAUCGAGCGCAAUGAUGCGGGCGACGCUGGAACGGAAAUCCUCACACGCCUCGUGCACAUGGCCAACAACUUUUCGUCCCACCUGCCCGACAUGACUCUUCCCGUCAACUUGGCCCGGACCCCUCGGGUCCUACCCCGCUGGGAGGCCCGGUGGUCCUACAGCCGCGCCGCCGCGUCAGAGGAUGCCGCCUCCGCUGCUGAUGUCAUCACGGGAAGAUCUGCCCGCCAGGCCGGCAUUUCAGCAGCAGCCGUAAACCAGUCCCUUGCGCUCGACAAGAGAAGGGGGGGCUUGGCGGGAUCGGGAAUUGACAAGAAUGCGCUGACGGCAGGUGAAUUCCGGGCCAUGCUCCGGCAGGCCUGCCCGCCCAAGUCCGCCGCGCGCGCGAAUCCCUGGUGGGACACGGCCAGGUUUUGCAGGCGCUGCGCGGGGCUGCACUCGAGCCUGCAGCUCAUGUCAGACUGGCACGCGUCGCUGGAUUCGCUCUGCGCGCAGCCCGAUCUCAAGAACCUGCACGGCUUCUACAUGGCAGGCCCUGACGUGAGACCUGUGCAGAAGCUGUUGCCACUCUUUAGCCUCUACAAGACGGCGCACUUUGCGGACGUGCUGCUGCCGCUGUGGCCCGACGAUGCAGCGGGGAAGGGGGAGGGAGAGGAUGGAGACGCGCCCGAUAUUCCGUUUCUGGACCGAUCAGACAAUAUUUCGUGGGCGGGCUCCAUCGGUCAGAAUCCCAUCACACCAGAGUACCUCCGCGGCCACCACAAGCUGCGGCUGCUGGGCCAGCUGACCCGGCCGCGCACAGCAGACAAGACCACGCUGAUCAAGCCCGUUAUGGUGGACGAGGUCCGACGGUGGCUAUACGCCAAGCGGUCGACCGCUGCCGUCAACAGCAAGCUCCCGCUCGACGUCGGCCUCUCAGACUAUACGGCCUGCGCCGGACACGACUGCGACACCGUGAAGCAGCUCUUCGGUGAUGACGCCGACACGCGCCGACAGGAUACCACCGGCGACAGUAAAAUUGUGCUGCUGGUGGACAACGACGACGGCCCCGCGCCCGGCACGCGGCGUACGCUGCGCACCGAGGCCCUGCCUGUGAUUUCUACCAUCUUCAAGACGUGGUACACGUCGCGGCUCGCGCCGUGGGUGCACUUUGCGCCGCUUGACGUGCGCUACCAGGCGCUGCACACGACGCUCUCGUACUUUACCGUGCUCGAGGAUAGACGCAGCAGCGGCGUCAUGGACUCGCGGGGCAUCGCGCAGCAGGGCAAGUUCUGGGCCAAAGAGGCGCUCCGUGAGCGCGACCAGGAGCUCUACCUCUCCCGUCUGCUGAUGGAGUGGGGGAGGCUGAUUGACGACAGGCGCAACGAAAUCGGUGUACGGACGGCAGCCGCUCCAGUAGGACAUGGUCAUGGGUGA